GACAGCUACGGCAUUGGAGAUACAUUACUUCCACGACCUCGUAUAAAAAGUUAAAUAACAGUGAUUUACUCUACUUUAUCUCUUCAUUAUCAAGCUUUGUCAUUCCUUAUAUUCGAUGAGGUGGAACUGAUAGCAUGCAGCCGAGGGACAGGACAUUGUAAAUAGCAACAGUGCGCUCAGGACAGGAGGUUCAAAAGAUUGAGGACCAAAACAAUCUGAACAACAAAACCAACAGUCAUGGCUGCAGARAAUAACUUCCCUCCAAUACCGGGGUUCAUCCCCCUGCAGCCAUGUUUCUACCAGGACUUUGACGAGGAGAUCCCUGAACAGCAUCGCACCAUGUGCAAGAGACUCUACCACCUGUGGAUCUUGCAUGCAAUCACCCUGGCUGUGAAUCUGGUGGGCUGCUUUGUGUGGAUGCUGGGUGGAGGGGGCGUGACAAAUUUUGGCAUGGCCAUCAUAUGGUUGAUUCUCUUCACCCCCUGCUCCUAUGUGUGUUGGUUCAGGCCCAUCUACAAGGCCUUCAAGACUGACAGCUCGUUCAACUUCAUGGCAUUCUUCUUUGUGUUCAUGGCCCAGGUGGGCAUCAGUAUUAUCCAGUGCAUAGGGAUCCCAGGCUGGGGAAACUGCGGCUGGCUGGCCACCAUCUCUUUCUUCAGCUACAACCUUUGGAUCGCCUUGCUGAUGCUCAUCCCCACCCUCUUUUUCACUGCCACGGCAACGCUGUCCUUCAUCGCCCUCACCAAGGUCCAUAACUUCUACCGUGGCAGCGGGGGCAGCAUAGGCAAGGCCCAGGAGGAGUGGACCACAGGGGCCUGGAAGAACCCCCACAUCCAGCAGGCAGCUCAGCAGGCAGCUAUGGGAGCCGCCACGGGGGCCAUGAUGCCGGACCAGCAGUACUCCAGCAACACCCCACAGUACAAUGACAACCAGAUGUAGGGGAUAAAGUGGAGGGAGGGAAGCAUGUCAAAGCAUGAGCAGGAGUUUGGUAUCUGUUUAUCCCACCCCCCAAAAAUGGGGGGUGGGAUAAAAAAUUAAAAAAUUAUCACAGCCGCUCUUUCUAUAGGCCAUGGGUCUUCAACCUUUUUUUGCCCAGGGACCCCCUCCCAAGCAAACCGGCAACCCGACAAUCAUACUUUAGCAAAAAAAAAUCUUCUCACAUGUCUUGUCUUAGCAUCAAGUGAAUGAUAAUGGCAAGGAGAAGUAAUCAACAUUUWAAAWWWUKUAUAGAUUUGGUAGAUCGUUUUUCAUUAUUUUAAUUGGGAAAGGAAGUGUAAACUCUAACAU